AUGAAAAUCAAAGAAGAUUUUGAUACGUUAGGUUCGAUUCCUGAGUCUGAUUUCAAUUUUGGUACGAGUUUUUCACCUAGUAACAAUGGUGGAUUUGUCUCUGGUGGUUUCUUUAGUACAUCAUCAAUGGAGUCUUGUGACUCUGUUUUGAACAAUAACAACGACAAGAGAAACAUGUUUGGUAAUAACAACAACACUCUUCAAAUUCAUGAUUCCAUUGCUAAUUCCCGCCAAAUUGGUUGGCCUAGCUACUCAAACACUAAUAGUCCUUACUUCAAUGGUGGUGGUCAAGAGAUUUUCAGAUCGGGUUUGAGUCGUGGAGGCGGAGGAGGAGGAAACAGAGAGUUUUCGGCUUAUUCGCCGCCACAACAACAGCUCGAUUUUUCGUAUAAUCAUCAAGGAUACAGAACAGCAACAACGUCAGAGAUGUUGUCUCAAGGAACCACUAAUGUUCCAUUUAGCAGUUCUGAGGAGAGUUUUUUCAUGGAAGGUAAAAGCUUGGAUCAUCAGAGAAGCGGUGUUGGUACGACUCGAGGAUUGAUUAUGUCUGAUUAUGGGAAUGGUACAGAGAUAUGUCAUCAGAAUCUGCCUAACGUGUGUGACAUUCAAGGAUAUGUGUACUUGAUGGCUAAAGAUCAACAUGGAUGUCGAUUCUUGCAGCGGAUUUUCGAUGAAGGAACUCCCGUUGACGCAAUGAUCAUAUUCAAUGAGGUUAUUGCUCAUGUUGUUGAGCUUAUGAUGGAUCCUUUUGGGAAUUACUUGAUGCAGAAACUUUUAGAUGUUUGUACCGAAGAACAAAGAACGCAGAUCGUGCUCGUGGCCACUUCUGAGCCCGGUCAACUUAUCCGAGUAUCGCUUAACGCAUACGGUACUCGAGUUGUUCAGAGAUUAGUGGAAACAAUCAGAACCGGAAAACAGAUUUCGCUUGUGAAAUCGGCUUUGAGACCAGGUUUCCUCGAUUUGAUCAAGGAUUUAAAUGGAAACCAUGUGAUUCAACGUUGCUUGCAAUGCCUUGGCACAGAAGACAACAAGUUUAUCUUCGAUGCAGCGACAAAGUACUGUACUGAAAUCGCUACACAUCGACAUGGAUGCUGUGUGCUACAAAAAUGCAUUGCUUAUUCAAUGAGACAACAAAGAGAGAAGCUAAUCUCUGAAAUCUCUAGAAACAGUCUCAUUCUUGCUCAAGACCCAUUCGGGAAUUAUGCGGUCCAAUUCGUUAUAGAACUAAGGAUUCCUUCUGCGGUAGCGAUGAUGUUGACUCAGUUAAAAGGACAUUACGUUCAGCUUUCGAUGCAGAAAUUUAGUAGCCAUAUGGUGGAAAGAUGUCUUAUGCAUUGUCCAGAGAGUCGUCCACAGAUUGUGCGUGAGCUUGUCUCUGUUCCUCACUUUGAUCAGCUUCUUCAAGAUCCUUAUGCUAAUUUUGUCAUUCAAGCCGCUCUUGCCACCACUAAGGGUCCAUUACAUGCUUCACUAGUGGAAGUGAUAAGGCCACAUUCGAUUCUGCGUAAUAAUCCUUAUUGCAAGAGGAUUUUCUCAAGGAAUCUCUUGAAGAAGUGA